AUAUAUAUGUGUGGUGUGUGUGUGUGUGUGUGUGUAACACUGGACGCCAUGUUGGAAUUUAGUUCCAUUUUACCAACGAGACUUUUCAGAGAGCGCCACAAAUGCUGGUACCACCGGGUCCCAUAGAAUUUAUAUGGCAGUUUGGUGGCCCUGUGGUCAAUUCCCGAAAAAAGGUUAGGAUUAGGUUAGGGUUAGGUUAGAUUUUUCGGGCAUUGACCAGUCAAUUCUAGAAUUGCUGAAUUUCGGGUUUUGACGCUAACAUAUACGUUGAUUUCAAAAAGGAAGAAGAGCUACUUGGAGAGAUUUUUACAGUGUUGAUGAUAAUUUUCUCACAAUGGAAUUGAAGGAAUUGACGCAGCAUCUGAACAAGAUUAAUAUUCCGCGAGCGGGUGACAGAAUAUACAAGGAUGAGUGCGUUUAUUCCUUCGACACACCAGAUUCACCCGCCGGUCUUUAUGUCAGUCUGACGACUUUCCUGGGCUUAAGCCAAGAUCACUUGGAGCGAUAUUACGCUCAGGCCGGCGAUCCUGUGUAUCUUCACAUUAAACGCACCAGGAAAGAGAUUCCAUCUGAAGAACAAGGAGAUGGACCUGAAAAAAAGAUUACAAGACUAGCGAUAGGCACAGUUGACGGAUUCAUGCCUGAUCAGCAAAAAUAUACUUACGAUGAAACUUACAAAAUAAUUAUUCUGCCCAAUUUUCUAACCAUUGAUUAUCCACAGGAUAAUUUACCUGGAAAGGUUGAAAAUGCGAUCAAAACAAUUUUACAAAUGGAAGGUGCGUGGGCAGCAGCACAGGUUGAAGCUGUUACCAGUACGUGGGAUGGAGAGAUCAGACAAGAAUCAAAACAUGCUGCGAAUCUGAAACAGCUGGAUAACGGCAAAAAGAUCCCGCCGAGCGGUUGGAAAUGCGAAAAAUGUGAUCUCACGCAAAAUCUUUGGUUAAAUUUGACCGACGGUAGCAUACUAUGCGGUCGUAAAUUUUAUGAUGGCAGUGGUGGCAACGGUCACGCGGUGGAACACUAUCAAUCAACCGGUUAUCCUUUAGCCGUGAAGCUUGGUACCAUCACAAAAGGUGGCAAAGCUGAUGUCUAUUCGUACGACGAGGAUGACAUGGUGGAAGAUCCGUAUCUGACCGCCCAUCUUUCUCACUGGGGCAUCAAUAUCGCUCAGAUGGAGAAAACCGAAAAAUCGAUGAUCGAGCUAGAAUUGGAUCUGAAUCAAAAGUUCGGCGAGUGGGUGUCUCUGCAGGAAGCUGCCAGCAAAUUGACGCCAUUGUACGGUCCAGGUUACACGGGAUUGACCAAUCUGGGAAACUCCUGUUACUUGAACAGCGUCAUUCAAACGUUGUUCAUUAUUCCUGAUUUUAUAAAGAAAUACGUGGAAGGAGCAUCGGAAAUAUUCCAGCGUGAUCAUCACGAUCCGGCGUCAAACGUUAAUGUUCAAAUGGCAAAAUUAGGUGUCGGUUUGCUUUCCGGCAAGCACUCGGAACCACCGAGCAAAUCCGGCGGAGAAGACGAGUCGCGUAAAGGUAUUCCCCCGCGAAUGUUCAAAGUCCUGAUUGGUCGCGGACAUCCCGACUUUUUCUCGAAUCGGCAACAGGACGCUCAAGAAUUUCUUCUUUACUUGAUCAACUUACUUGACCGUAAUAAUCGACGCGAAGCGUGCCCGACGGAAUGUUUCAAGUUCAAGGUGGAAGAAAGAUACCAGUGUGACAGAUCAGACAAAGUGAAAUACACGUAUCGUCCGGAGUAUAUUCUGCCACUGCCAAUACCCGUAGAAGCUGCGGUGAACAAAGACGAAGUAGCCGCGUACGAGAUGCAGAAAAUAGAAGCUGAAGCAAAAGGACAGAAGUUGGAUUCCAGUACUCUCGUGAGACCUCGUAUAAAAUUGUCGUCAUGCCUUGAGACUUUUAAUCGUUCGGAAAUUGUUGAACAAUUUUACAGCUCCGCAUUGAACGAAAAGACAACAGCACAUAAAACUACUAGAUUAGCCACUUUCCCAGAUUAUUUGCUACUUCAUUUGAAAAAGUUUACGGUGAAGGAGGACUGGACGCCCAUAAAGCUUGACGUAGCCGUGGAAAUGCCGGACACGGUGGAUCUGAGCUUUCUGCGUGGCAACGGUUUGCAGCCCGGCGAGGAACUGCUGCCGGACGGUGUGACGCCACCUCCGCCUGUUUUUGAUGCGCUUCUUCUAAACGAAUUGAGUAAAAUGGGUUUCCCGCUGAACGCGUGCAAGCGCGCUCUGUACUUCACAGAGAAUCGCAGUCUCGAUCAUGCGACCACUUGGUUAAUGGAGCAUAUCGCGGAUUCCGACUACGAUGACUCGUUUGUGCCGCCGGGAAUCGACGUCAAAUCAAACAAAGAUGAGACCAAGUUUGUGGCGGAUGAAGCUGCUUUGGAGAUGGUGAUGAGCAUGGGUUUCACACGGGAACAGGCAACGAAAGCUCUCAAGGCGACCAAUAACAAUUUGGAACGCGCGGCUGAUUGGAUUUUCAGUCAUCAAGCUGAGCUUGAUGCUCAGGAAAUGGACACCAGUGCGACUCCAGCGGAAGAAACAUUUAGAGAUGGAAGCGGACGAUAUAAACUAGUAGGCUUUAUAUCACAUAUGGGCACCUCAACGAUGGUUGGCCAUUACGUAUGUCACUUGCUUAAGGAAGGUCGUUGGGUGAUAUUUAACGAUGAAAAAGUUGCUCUAUCGGAAAAUCCGCCAAAGGAAUUAGGAUACAUAUACAUGUAUCAAAGGAUCGAUUAGCUGCUGUUUUGUAUAAAGAUAUUGCUUUUUGUAAGUAAUAAAAAAAGUGAUACAAAAGCUCUCCCUUUUUGGUAAUAUGUAUAUAUUAAAUCAGACCAGAAAGAAAGAACACGCGAUGACGACGGUGUUGUGUCGAACAAUAGAAAAAAAAAGUUUGUUCUUUUUUUUUCUUUUUUGGAAAAUGCAAGGAGUGUAAAAAACAACGAACGUGGAAGACGAAAAUUUCUCUUUAUUUUCUAACAAUGGCACAGCUCUCUCAACAUUUGUAAAACGUUUUGCGAUCACAAUUACCAAUGAAGAUAACACAGUUGGUUUUUUUUGUUGUUUUUUUUUUUUUUUUUGGUUUUUUUAAUAUAUAAAUAUAAACGCAAAAAAGCGAAUUGUUUCUAACGUGUUUUCUAAUUCCUUCUUAACAACUAUUUUCUUGUAAAUGCGUAUUACGUAAUAUCGGAUGAAGAGAUUUUAUAACAAUAUACACACUAUAAUUUUCUUUAUACGUAAAUUGAAUAUAUAUAUAUAUAUAAUAAUAUCGUGAUCACAUGAAAUACAUUUUGAUUGCUUUCGAUUCAUUUUGCGCAUACGAUAUAAAAUUGUAUGUUCCUGCACAGAAUGUCAUUCUAAGUACAUAUGUGGAAAAAUACAAAAAAAGAAAAAAAAAAACUUUCUUUGGAAAGAACGCA